AUGUAUCAAGUCCCGGCCCCGCACCCGUUCCCCAGCAUUGCACCAAUCGAGAGCACCAGUGCGACGGCCACAACCAAUGCAACAACCACAACAACGAGUCCCAUUGCGACGGCCACAACCAAUGUAACAACCACAACAACGACCGCAAAGACGACGAGCGUAACGUCAACAACAGCAAAAGAUAACGCAACGGAGACCCAAAAGCCGGAAGAAGCGCAAGGGAACGCAGAGUCGACGACCCUAACGUCAACAACUCCAGAAAAUAACGCAACGGAGCCCGAACAGCCAGGUAACGGAACGGA